AUAAGUGUUUGUAAGUUUCACAGAUUGGUCGUGUGUUGGUUUCAGGAGGCUAUUUAAACUCUCACGUGGCGACAUGGCAUCUGAGGAGCUGGCCAAAAAACUCCAGCGUCGGUUGAUGCUGGAAGUAUCGACAGAAAAUGCAAACGGUGCCAUCCCAGAAAAUAACAAUCACAUAGAGGUGGGUGUAGACCCGGAGGAGAAGCCCGUCACCAGCAAUGCAGACACCGAGCUCUCCGCUAAACUGACCAGGAGACUGGGUAUCAAUGAAGGGACGACAGAGCCCAAACAGGCUAAAGUGUUUAACCCUUACACCGAGUUCAAAGAAUUCACAAGGAAACAAAUCAAAGACAUGGAAAAAAUGUUCAAACAUUAUGACUCUGGAAAGGAUGGCUUUAUUGAUUUAAUGGAACUAAAAUUGAUGAUGGAGAAACUUGGAGCCCCUCAGACCCACCUUGGCCUGAAAAACAUGAUCAAAGAAGUAGACGAGGAUUUCGAUGGGAAGCUGAACUUCCGAGAGUUUCUUCUGAUUUUCCACAAAGCAGCUGCAGGCGAAUUGGAGGAAGACAGUGGGUUGAUGGCUCUUGCCAGGCUUUCAGAAAUUGACGUCUCUACUGAGGGUGUUCAAGGUGCCAAAAACUUCUUUGAAGCAAAGGUUCAGGCACUGACUACUGGCAGCAAAUUUGAAGCUGAAAUCAAAGCUGAGCAGGAGCAACGCAAGCGUAUGGAAGAAGACAAGAAGCAGAGAAGAGCAGCCUUUAAAGAAUUGAAAGCUGCAUUUCAGUAAAGAGCAUUAGUCCUGUCCAGCAUAACCACUUGUACAGAUUUAUAAAGUGUAGAACUAAAUCCUAAGAGCUGGACAUCUAAAACUUGCACUAAGCGACUGGUUCCUGGGUGCCAUUCUAUCUUAAUUUAAUCUAAAAUCUAGCCAUGUUAUUUUUUUUAAGCUGUCUAACUGAUUUGACACUGUAUACAGGCCUCUAAAUUGUACUCAUGCUAUCAGCAUGAUGAAACUACAAAUUUUGGUUUAGAGUAAUCUGCUUGUCAAUUAGGAGGUUGUUUGCAGUUGCCUCCUUUCCUGAUCUAUACUGUUAAAAUCAACGGCUCAGGGCUGUGCUUUUUGUAGAAUUAAACACCUCUUAGAUAUGCUGCACUAAAUUGUACUAUUUGAAGUAUUUUUGAAUUUUAUCUUUUGUAGCUCUUUUUUAUACGCAAUUCAUUUGGGAACAACUUUAGACUGUAGAUGCAGAUAUUUACUUUCCUCAGUGGUAUCUGUGGAAACUGCUUUUUGUGUUAUAAGCAAAUACUUAAUCCAAAAAACAAUAUUUUAACAACCUAAUCUGCAAAACAAUGACUAAAUGCUUAAUAUAGUGCAGUUAAUUAAAACAAUGUUAAUAUUGUAUCAAUAUUGAAUUAAGUCCUGCUGCGACUAAACAUUUUAGAUUUUGAUAGUGUUUGAAAAUGCACUGUAUAUGUAGGUUACAAAUUGUAAAUUUUUCAGAAUUAUUCAAUGUAUGGAAUAUCAACUAUACAAACAACGUGAGCCUUGUGGAAUAGCAGGAUGUGUGUGAACUCUCUGCAAACUUUUUGAUGAUUAUACACAAUGAUUUUCCAAUAGGCUCUUUGGUUUUAGUCUGGUUUGUUCUUAAGAAAUAUUUGCAGACACGUAAUCAGAGUAAACUUGAUCAUAUUAAGGGUCAAUCCUUUUAAGGAAUAGUGACUGUCCUGGGUAUUCCUAGUUCUGUCCCCAUGACCUGUCUUAAUUUUGUGCAAAAAUUGUCAACUGUAUCAAUACCAUAUGCAAUACAACUUUCCUUUCAGAUAGAGGAAGUCCUGUAUAAUAUGGAACUGUCGCAACUCGACCUGUGAUUAUUCAGUAAUGAGAAUCUGAUAAUGACUAGACUAGACAUUUUGGCUUCUGUUAAGUAUGGUGCUGUUCAGGAAUGUUUUGUGCAGCUACACAUUAGCUAAUGGAUACCAUAAAAGCUCCAAAAAACUUCAUUAAAAUAGAGACCAGAAACAAAACCUUUUCGUACAUUCCUAAAUCAUGUGUUAGCUGAUAGGGAUUACAAAUGAGUUCCUCCAUCACAUCAGUCAAUUUGCUCCACUUCUGUCCUGGCCUUACCAAGAUGUCUUCAGCAUGUGUGCUAUUCUGUAAGGCUACAUGUGCCGGUCCAUCUAUGCACCCCUUUCCUUUUGAAGCCCGCAACCAGCAAACAACAAAAAUUACAAAUCUCACAAACCUUGAUUAAUGAGUUCAAAGGAUGUUUCUCUUCAAACUUUUUUUUUGGUGAUGUUGGGAGUAGUGUGUAGAAGUAAGACUGACUUUGUUUCACUAGGGUAUAUGAUGUCUUUUUUAUGCCACACAGGGUUUUCUAUUGGACUGUAAGCACAAUUUUCAGUAUGACCUACUACCGCACCAGGAUGAAAUGAAUAAAUGUGGUGAUUGUGCAAACCAAGAACAUUUCUGGAGAAGGUAAAGGUGACUUCAAGGAUUAGAUUAGAUUAGUUUAUUGUCAUACACACCACGGUGCAAUGAAAUUCCUUGUUCGCAUGACGCUCACAGAGUAAACAGUAUAUAUAAUAGUAUAGAAAGUAUAUAACAGGUGAUAAUAAAUACAAUAAAUACAGUGACAAGCACAAAACAGCAGAAUGGUGCAAAUAUUGUAUUGUAAUCUGAAAUAGUGCAAAAAAUACUAAAGUGAUAAUAGCAGAAUAACCAAGAGGGGUAAAGUUACGAGUAUGAGAUUUGGUAAUACUUGUAAUAAAAUGUAAAAAAUAUUCUAAGGUAAUGAGAAAUGUCCAACUUGCAAGUGCUUAACUGUGCAAUUUGACUGAUUUUUUAAGAGUUUUAAAAUUACUUGAUUUCGUGGUUUGUAUUGUAAAGGAUUAUUCCUUCCUACUCAUCUGCAAUAUUUCUUCCUCCCAAGUUUUCCCCCCUUGAAUGAAAUCUGAUUUGUUCUACAUGUCUACAAAUGGAUUUUGGAAAUGGUCUUCUGCUCAUAAAGAGGCUGUUAGGAGUUACUACAUUUCCAGUGAAAGGGCAGUAAAUGGGUGGGAGAAGUGAACUAGUGAACUAACCAACUGGAUUAUAAAUGGUACAAGACCAGAGCAGGGCAGGAUUUAAGUAGAAAAAAAUGGAAGAAAAUGGUGUGUAUUUAUAAGCAGAGUCUAAAAUUAGAAAUGUUAAAGAUGCCGGAUUAAUGUGUUGCUAUUGAAUAUACAGGAAAUUUAAAAACUGAUUAUCUGGAAAUUUACUUUGGGGAGGAAUAAUCCUUACAAUCUGAGAGGCAGAAAUUCACUCUCUGUUGUAUGUGUCACAAACUGGAGGUAAUCACAUUGCCAUCUCUUCUGAAAUUCAGUCCCAUAGUCUUCAAACUGAGUUUCAAGUGAAGUUCAAUGUGCAUGGAACCUCAUGCAGUCAAUGCAUACAGUAUCACAUUGCAGAUAUAACACAUGCACCAGAGGGUGAACUUCUGCAUUUCCAACUCUUUAACAUUGUGUUCUAAUAUACUACUGUUUGUGCUAUUUAAAAUAUAUAUUUUUGAAGUAAUAAAAAUAAAUACUAAUUGUCUUUCAUUG